AUGGCUGUGGUUGCACCUCUCACCCAGCCCGAUAUCCAAUAUCAUCCCGACUGGGACAAAUACCAGGCGCGAACCGCCCGACGCAAGACCACCGAAGAUCUCCCCAGCGCAGUCCCUGCUGGCUUUCCCAUACAAUUGGUCUCUGACCUGGUCUGGGAGGGACGAGAGGUGGAAACUCGCGAUGACUGGUUGGUGCGCUUGAGUGAGACCGAGCUGGACGAGAUCGAUGGCGCUUUGCAGAGGUUCAGAGCGCACAAUCUCCCAUGGGGCGCAAUCGACCAAUCCACCUUGCCCCUACCGACCCUGCAUGAUCGCCUCCGACAGCAAUCAAAAGAAUUGCACCAAGGCCGAGGGUUCUUCGUGCUCCGGGGCUUCCGCAUCGACCACUAUUCGCGUGCCGAUAAAAUCAUCAUCUACGCCGGCGUCUCCGCCCACAUCGGCAACGUGCGCGGACGACAAGAAGACCAGCGGUUCUCCAACGGAACCGCUCUCGUUCUAUCGCAUAUCAAGGAUCUCACUGGAACGACAUAG